ACAAGGUGAGACUCAGCCUCUAGGAACUUAACCAUGGCAGGGUGCCUGGGGUGCUGGCUGCUGAGGUUGUGUCCAAGGGAACCCCCAGGUAUGGGGGACUCAGCAGGCUGGCUGUGCUAUAGACCUUGUCCAAGUAUUCCCGGGGGACCAGGUAAGUCAGAAGUAGCCUGAGCUAAAAUCAAGUAAAAUUUUAAAUUUUACUUAAUUUUCAUUCAUUUAAAUUUGAGGGAGGGGCUACCUUGCCAUGGCCAUAGAGGACAUUGAACAGGAUUGGGCAGCCGUCUGAGAAAGAGCAGUGCAGGGGAGCUAUCAGCUCACUGGUGACCUUUGGGGUCCCUUCUCUUCAACAGUUUGCUCAGUUUCUCUGUGCAGUGGAGGAGGGUCUAGAAGGACCCAUGUCCCAAGGUGAGCCAUGCCAUACCAUGCCGUACCAGAUCUUCCUCAACCAGAGUGGGGUGAAGCGAGGGGAGCAAUGGAAGCCUCUGUGCUCAGACCAUCCAUUCUGUGACCUCAGAGAGCUGUGGGGACAUCUCUCGACCAUCAUGGUGGUCUGGGUAGGCAUAGUGGGGAGGGACUGCUGAGACUCCUCCACGGCCCCACUGCAUAACCCGAUUAUCUCUUGUCUCCUCAUGGCUCCUGUGACUGCCUGGAUCCCACAGAGCUCCCAACUGAAGAAGGUCCUGGCCUGGUUUGAGGAGGGCGAGGAGACCACAACAGCCUUCGUGGAGCCUCUGGUCAUCAUGCUGAUCCUCGUGGCCAAUGCCAUCGUGGGCGUAUGGCAGGAACGCAAUGCUGAGAGUGCCAUUGAGGCCCUGAAAGAGUAUGAGCCUGAGAUGGGUAAGGUGAUCCGCUCGGACCGCAAGGGCGUGCAGAGGGUCCGCGCCCGGGACAUCGUCCCUGGAGACAUCGUGGAAGUAGCAGUGGGAGACAAAGUGCCCGCUGACCUCCGCCUCCUCGAGAUCAAGUCCACCACUCUGAGAGUGGACCAGUCCAUCCUGACAGGUGAAUCCGUGUCUGUGACCAAACACACAGAUGCUAUCCUGGAUCCCAGAGCUGUGAACCAGGACAAGAAGAACAUGCUAUUCUCUGGUACCAACAUCGCAUCGGGCAAGGCACUGGGGGUGGCAGUGGCCACGGGCCUGCACACAGAGCUGGGUAAGAUCCGGAGUCAGAUGGCGGCAGUGGAGCCAGAGCGGACACCGCUGCAGCACAAGCUGGAUGAGUUCGGGCGGCAGCUGUCCCGUGCCAUCUCUGUGAUCUGUGUGGCCGUGUGGGUCAUCAACAUCAGCCACUUCGCUGACCCAGCCCAUGGUGGCUCCUGGCUUCGUGGUGCCGUCUACUACUUCAAGAUUGCCGUGGCUCUGGCUGUGGCUGCCAUCCCUGAGGGCCUCCCAGCUGUUAUCACUACAUGCCUGGCUCUGGGCACACGACGCAUGGCACGCAAGAAUGCCAUUGUGCGGAGUCUGCCCUCUGUGGAGACGCUGGGCUGCACCUCGGUCAUCUGCUCCGACAAGACAGGCACACUCACCACCAAUCAGAUGUCUGUCUGCCGGAUGUUCGUGGUAGCCGAAGCUGAAGCAAGCUCCUGCCGUUUGCACGAGUUCACCAUCUCCGGCACCACUUACGCCCCGGAGGGCGAAGUGAGGCAGGCGGAGCAGCUCGUGCGCUGUGGGCAGUUCGAUGGGCUGGUGGAGCUGGCGACAAUCUGUGCCCUGUGCAACGACUCAGCGCUGGACUACAAUGAGGCUAAGGGCGUAUAUGAGAAGGUGGGAGAGGCCACGGAGACAGCCCUGACUUGCCUGGUGGAGAAAAUGAACGUGUUUGACACCAACCUCCAGGCCCUGUCCCGAGUGGAACGAGCCAGUGCCUGCAAUGCGGUCAUCAAGCAGCUGAUGCGGAAGGAGUUUACUUUGGAGUUCUCCCGGGACCGGAAGUCCAUGUCAGUGUACUGCACGCCCACUCGCCCUGGCCUGGCAGCCCAGGGCAGCAAGAUGUUUGUGAAGGGGGCUCCUGAGAGCGUGAUCGAGCGCUGCAGCUCAGUCCGAGUGGGAAGCCGCACAGUACCCCUGAACGCCACCUCCAGGGAGCAGAUCCUCGCCAAGAUCCGGGAUUGGGGCUCCGGCUCAGACACACUGCGUUGCCUGGCACUGGCCACUCGGGAUGCACCCCCAAGGAAGGAGGACAUGCAGCUGGAUGACUGCGGCAAAUUUGCGCAGUACGAGAUGGACCUGACUUUUGUGGGCUGCGUGGGCAUGCUGGACCCUCCAAGGCCCGAGGUGGCUGCUUGCAUCGCACGCUGCCACCAGGCCGGCAUCCGUGUGGUCAUGAUCACAGGGGACAACAAAGGCACAGCUGUGGCCAUCUGCCGCCGGCUUGGCAUCUUCAAGGACACAGAGGAUGUGGUGGGCAAGGCCUACACGGGUCGUGAAUUCGAUGACCUCAGCCCUGAGCAGCAACGCCAGGCCUGCCGCACAGCGUGCUGCUUCGCCCGUGUGGAACCUGCACACAAGUCCCGAAUUGUAGAGAACCUACAGUCCUUCAAUGAGAUCACCGCCAUGACUGGAGACGGGGUGAAUGAUGCCCCGGCUCUGAAGAAAGCAGAGAUUGGCAUUGCCAUGGGCUCCGGCACAGCUGUGGCCAAGUCGGCAGCUGAGAUGGUGCUGUCAGAUGACAACUUUGCCUCAAUUGUGGCUGCAGUGGAGGAGGGCCGGGCCAUCUACAACAACAUGAAGCAAUUCAUCCGCUACCUCAUCUCCUCCAAUGUCGGCGAGGUUGUCUGCAUCUUCCUCACGGCAAUUCUGGGCCUGCCGGAAGCCCUGAUCCCUGUGCAGCUGCUCUGGGUGAACCUGGUGACAGAUGGCUUACCUGCCACAGCCCUGGGUUUCAACCCACCAGACCUGGACAUCAUGGAGAAGCUGCCCCGGAACCCUCGUGAGGCCCUCAUCAGUGGCUGGCUCUUUUUUCGAUAUCUGGCUAUUGGAGUGUACGUAGGCCUGGCCACGGUGGCUGCCGCCACCUGGUGGUUCCUAUAUGAUGCCGAGGGACCUCACGUCACCUUCUACCAGCUGAGGAACUUCCUGAAGUGCUCCGAGGACAACCCACUCUUUGCUGACAUUGACUGCGAGGUCUUCGAGUCACGCUUCCCCACAACCAUGGCCUUGUCUGUGCUGGUGACCAUUGAAAUGUGCAAUGCCCUCAACAGCGUCUCGGAGAACCAGUCGCUGCUGCGGAUGCCACCCUGGCUGAACCCUUGGCUGCUGGCAGCUGUGGCCAUGUCCAUGGCCCUGCACUUCCUCAUCCUGCUGGUGCCACCCCUGCCCCUUAUUUUCCAGGUGACCCCACUGAGUGGGCGCCAGUGGGUAGUGGUGCUCCAGAUAUCUCUGCCUGUCAUCCUGCUUGAUGAGGCCCUCAAGUACCUGUCCCGGAACCACGUGGAUGAAGAAAAGGACAAGAAGUGAGUGCUGGGAACAGAGUGGAGUCUCCAGUGCGUACCUCAGCCUGAUGAUGCCCAAGCGUUCACUCCUACUCCCCACACUGCCGUCACGCUCACCGCUUGCUCACUGGGCCCUGCCGAGGGUCUCUGUCCUUGCUUCCAUAUGCAUGGGGGCUGUGCAACUCAUGCCUCUGGGACUCUCCUGGGAAGUUCACCCCUGACGUUCCGGCUCCAGAGCAGCAGCCUAGGAGGGGCCUGCCCAGAAGCCAGAGCUGGAAGCAGAUCCAGACAUGCAGAGGCCUCUACCCCCAAAUCUAUGAGCACAUUCUGGAGCAGGCACCCCCUUGCUUGGAGGCUGGGCAUUUUACUUGGUCACUGGUGCUUCUGUACUGAUGGAGGACUCCUGGAGUUCCUGCUAGCUCUGACCUCUCACUUAGUGCCUGGUCUGGGGCCUGGUCAGCGGGACGGGGGGCGGUGAAGGGGAGGACAUCUGGGCCCAGCUGUGCACAGUGAGGGCAGACAACCCCCCUCCACUCUGCUCUUUUCCCACAAAGUUGGCACGUGAGGGUUUGAGCCUCUUACUGUUUAUAUGUGCAGGGGGUUGAAGGGUCAGUGGGAGGGAGAUGGUAGUAGCGGGGGGGGGGGGGGAGGGGGUAGCUGGGUAAGGAUCCCCUUCCCAGGAGACAGCUGGCUUGGCUGCCUCAGUUCUGGACACUCCCAGACUGAGAUUUCCCUGUCCUAAGCAAAUGAGACAUGCCAAGUCUCGUUGCUGUCCAGUCUGCCGAGCAGAGGCUGGAUUUGCCCUCCAUGUCCCUGGUGCCUAAGGCCCCAGACAUCCUUGGGUACCUGAUCACUGUGCCCUCUCAGCUCAACCCUGUGUGCACCAUCCCACAGUCUGCAUGGCUGGGUGAUUCUGAGUCGUCUAGACUCUUGGCCUCACUCUUCACCUCCAACCCCACAUAUCCGUGAGCUGAAAGGAUGUUACUAAGAAUGGCUAGUUACCCAACAGCACUUACUCUCCCUCCCUCAUUGCUGGAAGAAUGUGUGUCCAUUGUGGAUCAUGUUGGAUGAUGGGAAAAGAGCGUUUGAUGGACAUAAAUGUUCUUUUAAUUCGGCUCUUGCCCCUCUGGCCAAAAUUAGGCAUGGAAGAAAACAGUGGGUCAAUGUACAUCCUCACCCCUCCUGGAGAGUACACCAAGUGAUUCUUUUAUGUGUAAAUCAAGACUCACAUCCCCGUCCUGGUCCCCAGAAUCAAAAAGCCCCCUUAGCCUGCCUUGCAGACAAAUGCGCUCCAGGCUCUGUGGCCUCUUACCACACCUUUCUUCCCUCCCCUCUCUCAGUCAGGCGGGGCUCCCCUGGGCACUAGCCCACAGAGAUUCUCUGCUUCUGUCCUGCUGAAGGGAAGGGAGAUCUUGAGGUGGGGGAUGGUGGGAGGGCCCCGAACCCACCUGUUGACGUGAAGUUGGUAGAGAAAUAAAGGUUGAGUGCCGGGGGCAAUGGAGGGUCA